GCCAUAUAUAUAAGUGGCUUAAACGCCAUGUUCCCAUAAAACAGGCAAAACCAAAUUAGGAGAAGAAAUUGCAGGAAUGGAGAGGCUGAGCAGCAAAUGGAUAGCCACGGUGGCGAGCAUAUGGAUCCAGUGUGGCUGCGGAGCAUACACCUUCAGCAUCUACUCCUCGGUGUUGAAAUCAAGCCAAGGCUACGACCAAUCGACGCUCGACACCGUAUCCGUCUUCAAGGACAUCGGCGGCAACGCCGGGGUCCUAGCUGGCGUCUUAUACUCCGCCGUAGCACUCGGUGACUGUAACAGUACUAGUAACUCCUCGAGUUUGGGUGGGCCAUGGGUUGUCCACUUGGCGGGGGCGAUCCAGAACUUCGUCGGGUACUUUCUGAUGUGGGCCUCCGUCGUUGGAUUGAUCCAGCGGCCUCCGGUGCCGUUGAUGUGUUUCUUCAUGUUCUUGGCCUCUCAUGCCCAGACAUUCUUUACCACAGCCAAUGUGGUUUCUGGUGUGAAGAACUUCCCUCACUGUGGUGGGACCGUUGUGGGAACCAUGAAGGGCUUUAUUGGCAUUGGUGGGGCAAUACUGAUCCAAGUGUAUGACACAUUCUGGAAGGGCAAGCCCAGCACCUUCCUUCUUAUGCUUGCUCUGUUGCCUACGUUCGUCUCCCUUGUGCUUAUGUUUUUGGUGAGAAUCUAUGAUAAAGCAAACACAAGUGAUGACAAGAAGCACUUGGAUGGUUUCACUGCAGUAGCUCUGAUCAUUGCUGGUUAUCUCAUGAUUAUAAUGAUUUUGCAAAACAUCUUCACUUUGCCAUUGUGGGCACGCAUUUUCACCCUUGUACUUCUUUUGCUUCUUCUUGCAUCACCUCUUGGAAUUGCAAUCAAAGCCCAGAGGGAGGACUCCAACCGAUUCCCCCAGACAUUACUAAUAGCAGCCAAGGAUUCUGCAGCAUAUCAUGAACUGCCUGGUGGUGAGGGUGAAGUUAAUGCUGCUUUCGAUGACACAAUUCCGCCUGAUGAAGAAAGCAUGAAUCUUUUUCAAGCCAUGCGCACCGUAAACUUCUGGUUGUUGUUUGCUGCCAUGGUAUGUGGAAUGGGCUCUGGGGUAGCUGUGAUAAAUAACUUGAGCCAAAUUGGGGAAUCAUUUAAUUACACUACUGUGGAGAUCAACAAUUUGGUCUCUCUAUGGUGUAUAUGGAAUUUUUUUGGCCGAAUUGGAGCUGGGUAUUUGUCAGAUUUCUUACUGCACACAAGAGGCUGCGCAAGACCAUUUUUGAUGGCUACUACUCUAGCAGCAAUGGCGGCUGGCCACCUUGUUAUCGCUUCUGGUUUUCCCGGAAUUUUAUAUGUGGGUUCGAUCCUUGUGGGCAUUUGCUAUGGUUCACAGUGGUCGCUGAUGCCGGCAAUCACGUCGGAGAUAUUUGGUGUCAGGCACAUGGGUACUAUUUUCAACGCCAUUGGCAUAGCCAGUCCUGUUGGGUCUUAUAUUUUCUCUGUGAGAGUUAUGGGGUAUAUUUAUGACAAGGAAGCAUCUGGGGAAGAUGACUCUUGCUAUGGUACUCGCUGCUUUAUGCUAUCUUUUCUGAUCAUGGCAUCUGUGGCUUUUUUGGGUUUCCUUGUUGCUGUUGCAUUGUUCCUUCGGACUAGGAGGUUCUAUCAGCUGGCUGUGCUUAGGAGGUUGAAGCAUUCUCUGAGGUGAUGACUGAUGAGAGGUAAAUCCAAGAAUUUUGUGUAAUUAUUUUCUUCUCUGUGACUAAGUUAAUUGUAUCUCUGCUUUCAAGAGAAGAGGAAAGUUCAAAGAAAAAAAGUUGUAAUCUAUCAUAUUAUUGAUGUAUA